AUGGCGGAUGAUAAUGAUAUCAAUCAUUUAAAAGAAUACAGUGUUGUUGAGACAAAACGACAUAAACCUUGUUUAAUAUUUCUUGGUUAUCGUUAUGUGCAAGAUAAAAUACAAAAUCAAACUAUUUAUUGGCGAUGUGAAGAUCGCACACAUUGCAACGGUCGUGCACAUCAACUAGUUGGCAAUGGAUCACAACCUAUUCUAACUAUAAAACAUAAUCAUCAACCAUCGGCUGAUGAUAUAGUAUCAAAUGAAAGUAUGACCGUUGAUGGCCAACGUCGUCAAAAACGACGACAAAAUCUUAAAACACCCUUUUAUCAGCAGAAUGAAAUGGAUGAUCUUUUAUUAUCAUCGCCAUCAUCGACCAUGACAUCUCCAAUUAAACUUGAAAAUAAUCAAAAUCGACAACAGCAUUUACAACAACACGGAGCUAUGGUUAAAAAUCUUCAUUUAUCCGAAGUUAUCACUACGGCUGCUGCUACUAAUGCUCACCAUUAUAAUGGUACCGGCAUAAAUCGUCAUCAUAUGGUUGAUCCAAUUGAAAUGACUAAACUAUUAAGUAAUAUAACUACCACCACUAAUUCAAGUAACACUUUAAUGAAAACCAUUCCACCUUCUUCAAAUAUGGAUUACUCAAGUCGUCUGAAUCAUUUUUCAUGGGAAGAAAUCGAAGGACGUUAUUUACCAGUUAUAUUCAGAAAUGAAAAUGAUUGUUUGCAACGGUAUACAUCGAAGAUGUACGUGGAAAAUACUCUAUUUCAAAGUGAAUCAUGGCAACGAUAUGCUAUACUAGCACGUUCACUUCCGCCAUUAAUAUCAUUUCCAUAUACAGAAAAUGAAUUAAAACUAUUUCGUUUAAUCGUUGAAUGGCAUUUAGCUAGUUUUCAUUUUAAAACUAUCUUACCAUCGGAUUGUCUCAUACGUUUCGAUGAUCUUUUGGAUUUUUAUGGAGCAUUAAGAAAAUUACGAGAUUCAGUAACAUCUACGUCUUUUAAUCGUACAUUACCUCAUCCACCAAUACCACCGUCAUUACAUAUGGCACCACCGAAACAACGUAUAUUUCCAUCAACUUCAUCAUUGUCAAAUAGUUUAGCACAAUCAUUUGAAUUGCCUACGAUGACUGGUAAUGCAUCGCUAAAACCGCAACUUCAUCCAGCUCGUCAUGCAACACCAGGAAAAAUGUAUCCACCACAAGUACAUCAUUCUCAUUCAUCACAUUAUCUUUUACAACAAAAUGCUGAUCUACUUCCAUCAUUUUCUAAUCCACCAACACAUGCAUAUAAUUUUAAUUCCGCACCACCAAAAGCAAACGUACCAGUUUUAUCAACACCGUCAAAUCAGUGGAAUGAGAAUUUAUCGAAACUAAACGAUAAAACUCGUCCACCUAUUCCAAGACCACAAGUGCCUAUAAAUAACGCUCCACGUCAAGAACAAAUUAUACACGAUAAACCAAUUCUAUCACAAAAACUUUCUCAUCAAUCAAUUGAUAAUUAUAAUUUAUCUCGUGAAACUAAAGAAUCUGGUUGGGUACAAAUCAAUAAUGUAUUUGUUCCAUAUAUUGUUAAGUUAAAAUUACGUGACAGUGAUCUUGAAAAAUGCACAACACGUCAAUCAAUACCACAAUUACAACGUGAAUUUUAUGUUCCGUAUGAAAUUUUAAUUAAAUGUCAUAUUUUUUCUGAUAGUGAAUUUGCAUUUAAAAAGUUUUUAAUUAAAGCCACACAACAAGAUUUUGAUAUAUUUAAUAGUCUUAUAUCAAAUAUAAAUAUAUUUGAUGAAAAAGUUCCUGAAAAAACAUUAUUAGUAAAUUUAUAUCAUGUUAUGAUUGGUUUACAGAAAAUUUUAUAUGUUAAACUAUUAACAACGAAACAACCACGCACACAAGUUAAUAAAUAUCAUGCUGAAGUUUUAGUACAUAAAGGUGGAACAUUACUCAUGCAUGAAAAUAAACUUGUACCAUAUAUUUUACAAAAUAAUCGUUUUUAUGUUCCACUUGCCCAUGCAUUUCAUUCAUUGCCACAUGUUAUUCAACAAGCUAAACGUGGUGCACGAGCGCCAAGACAAUAUGAACUCGACUAUUUAAAUUUAUUAUUUCUUUAUUUCUCAAUCGAUUCGCCAUCUUUAACAUCGGACACGUUACUGGUUGAUGCGUUCAGUGUAAAAUCACCAGAUCUGCAACCACCGAUUCAUUUUCGUACACUAAGUGAACAUCAACAAUAUGAAAGAAAUAAAAUAAUAAAUACAAUUAUGCGUAUAGCACAAACCAAUAAUAAAGUUCACCCNCUACAGUCAACAAAAGUAUCCAUUUCAGCCAACACAUCAACUCAUAAAUCAAAUAAAUGUCCACCUGCAAAUGUUGUUGUCAAUCCAUUAAUUCAUCAUCCAUCAUUUUAUGGUUUACCAUCGAUGAUAUCACCGAUAAAACAACCAUCACUACAGGCGACAACAACAACAACAACAACAACAACAUCGAUACCAGCAUUAUCUUCGUCAUAUUCAAAUUCUGUUGUUGUCAAUCCUUUCCUAUUACCACCAAACAAUAAUUUAGAGUUGGCAACGAAAUUAUCUUCGAGAAAACCUCAAAUAAAAACGCUUAAAUAUGAUAAUUGUUUAUUAAAUGUCAUUUUGAAAUCAUCUGAUCAACCGAUGAAUGAUUCAAAAAUAUCUAUUCGACAUAUCUUUCAACAAUUUUUAUUUAAUAUAAAUUAUGGUAGAUUUAUUCAAUGGUGUCAAACAAAUCUAUUAUUACCAUUAGUCAAACUAGAUGACGAAGAGAAAAAAAUUCUAAAUAUUAAUAAUGAUGAUUAUUAUGUUGAUUACCGUCAUCUUGAUCGAUGUAUUGAACUAUUAAAUGAUCUUAAACGUGGUACAAUUAGUAUGACUUUAUUGCCACCGUCAAAUAUUGAUUCACAACAACAACACCAACAACAACAACAACAACAAAUAGGAUCUAUCAAAUCACAAUUAGCAGGUGCUAAAAAGCGUAAAACAACUGUACCAACAACACGUCAUAUACCACCUCCACAACAGUCAUCCUCACCUUCAUUAUCAAUAGUAACCAAAAACGAUUUAAACUCUCCCUCACAUGAUAAUGGUUAUCAAUCGCCAGAAUUACCUGUUACUGAAGAACCUGUUAUAUCAAGUACAAAUAAUGCAAUAAUUAAUAAUAAUAAUAAUAAUGACGAUGAUAAUGAUAAUGAUAAUGAUAAUGACGAUGACGAUGAUGAUGACAUUAUGCCCGUUGUUGCUACUAUUGAAGAAGAACAACCUCUACAAGAAUCUAAUCAAUUCGACAUGAAUGCAUCGUUACUUAUUAUUAGUUCUGAUGAAUGUGAUGAUGGAAAAAUUCAACUUGAUGAUACAUUACCAUCAUGCUCAUCAGGUUAUGAAUCAGCAGCACCAUUAACAAAUGUUGAUAUUAAUAUGGUACAUAAUACAAGUAGUGAUGAUGAUGAAACAAAUUCAACGACACGUUCACGACAACAUUCAUCAUCAUGCCAUUCAGAACAAUCUCAUGCACCCAUAUUAUCAACAGUAUCAACGAAUAUCGAAUUGAAUUCAAAUGAUCAAGAUAAAAAUGAUUUAACACCGGUGAUAUCGAAAACAAAAACGGUUACUCGACAACGCGAUAAACAUGGAAAAUUUCGUGCGCGAGCACGAUCACGUUCACGUUCGCCAACACCCCGUAAUGUGAAAAAGAAACGUUCAUCAGAUGAAGAAUUACCAGCAACGAGCACAAUUACAAGUGAUCAAAUUGAAUAUCAUCUACGAACAUUAUUAAUGCCAGUAAAUGAACAACGUCGUACACGUACAAGGCCAAUUAAAACACCAACACGUCUUGUUGAAGAAAUAUCUUCAAAUAAUACAAUCAAAAAUAUUGAGCCAGAUAUGAAUGCGUUUGAUAUAUUUUCAACUUCAUCAUCGUCAUCAUCCUCGUCAUCGUCAGCAUCUUCGUCAGCAUCAACAUCAACUAUAACAUCAACUGAUAUAUUAAACAAAACAAACAGUAACGAGCCAAUGAUAAAUCAUCAACCAUGCACAUAUAAUGUAACUAUAUCCAAUAAACCAAAUAAAUUAGGUUUAACAAUAAAAAAAGUUAUUCAACGAUAA